CGAUUACACUAUACAAACUACCCUGUGCAGUGCACCAUUUUCCUCCUUGUCUAACCUUAUCCCUUGAGUUAUCCUCAGCCAUCAUGGCGUCACUGCUCCUAGCAUCACCUCCUCCACUCUCCACUCGAUUGCACACUUCCACCUCUCACCUUUCCUUCUCUCACUCCCAAACUCUGUUCUCACCACUCUCCACGCCCUUCCCUUCCCUCUCAGCCUCUGCAACCUCCACGCUCUCCCCAACCCCUUCUGUGUACUGUGGCAGAGGAGACAGGAAAACUGCAAAGGGAAAGCGCUUCGCCCAUUCGUUUGGGAAUGCAAGGCCAAAGGACAAGAAGAAGGGUAGAGGGCCACCGAGGAUUUAUGCUCCACCGGUACCUUCCAAGAAAGACAGGUUCGAAGAUAAUGAGGUGGUGAAGAUUGAAAUUGACGAGUCCCUCUUUUCUGGCUGAUUUUAUUGGGGAAUUGUAAUUUUUGGGACAUUCAUGGUUUAGUUGUUGAUAUCUGAUUCCAUUGUGACAUACACAAUUUGGAUUUGGGUAAUGUUACAUCAGCUUUUGUAUUCAUAUCCUUGACGUAACUCUUUUAUUUCUCUCGUUUUUCUGCACUAUUUAUGAAUGACCUUGCUUUAGAGUUUUGGACAUGGGGAUUGGAUAGACUUGUAAAUAGUUAUUUUAAAAAAUAAAAAUAAAGGGUUCUUUUUUCUUA